UAAGCUGCGUGAUCCUCAGCAUUGCGCGGACGCGCAUCAUGCCCUGAGUAUAAAAGAAUGUGUGCGCGCUGCAGAGCGCACAGAGGUGCGCGGAAAAGGCACUGAAGAGACCGCGGUCCUGUUACCUGAGAAGUAAUGAUCCACGGAGGAAAAAAACAAUGAUCGAACAUGAGAUGAAUUAGAUGAAUGGAUAGUUUCACUAUGACAACAGUGUGAAUGGGAAUCUGCCAUGGAGAGGAAUAACACCAGUCAAACUCUUGCACUUGGAGAAUGCGAGCACAAUUUGGAUCCCAGCGUAGGGCUGGACAAUUGUACAGAUGGUGCCAGUGGGAACCUUUCAUUACGCUGCUGGCUGCAUUUGUUGACUAAGGAGUCUAGUUCAACCCUGCAAGGUGAUGGGUCUAGCCUGGCUGUGCGUGUAAUGAUCGCCCUGAUUUAUUCAGUGGUGUGCGCUUUGGGACUCGUAGGGAACUCGCUUGCGCUCUACCUCCUGCACUCUCGGUACCGGCAGAAGCAGUCCUCCAUCAACUGUUUUGUGAUGGGUCUGGCGCUAACUGAUCUACAGUUCGUCCUAACCUUGCCGUUCUGGGCCGUGGACACUGCAUUGGACUUUCGCUGGCCUUUUGGAAAAGUUAUGUGUAAAAUCAUCAGCUCGGUGACAACUAUGAACAUGUACGCCAGUGUAUUUUUCCUGACCGCCAUGAGCGUGGCCAGGUAUUACUCCAUCGUUUCCUCGUUGAAAAUGCACAGUCGGCGUGCAGCGGCGGCUGCAGCAAAAUGGAUCUGCUUAAGCAUUUGGGUCGUGUCGUUGAUCGCCACACUUCCACAUUCCAUAUAUUCUACUAUAGCUCAAGUUUCCACGGAUGAGGAGCUGUGCCUGGUCCGUUUUCCCGAAACGGGCAGCUGGGACCCACAACUGUUGCUUGGUCUUUACCAGCUUCAGAAGGUCCUACUUGGAUUUCUGAUUCCUCUAGUGGUGAUAAGCGUCUGCUAUCUCCUACUGCUAAGAAUCGUGCUGAGCCGUAGGAUCAGCGGGGUCAUCGGAUCCGAAAGCGAGGUUGGUCGCCACAAGCGCCGUUCUAAAGUCACGAAAUCCGUCGUGAUUGUAGUCCUUUCCUUCUUUUUGUGUUGGCUGCCCAAUCAGGCGUUGACUCUGUGGGGCGUCCUUAUCAAGUUCGACCUGAUACCUUUUAGUAAGGCCUUCUACAACGCCCAGGCAUACGCCUUCCCCCUGACCGUUUGCUUGGCCCACACAAACAGCUGCCUUAAUCCUGUCCUUUACUGUCUGAUAAGGCGAGAAUUUCGUGCUGGACUCAAAGAGCUUCUGUGGAGGGCUACACCGUCCUACAGCAGCAUCGCUCGGCUGCUCCCGCGUAAAGCAAAGGUGGCCGAGGCGCCUCCGGUUCUGGUCUUGGUGCAAAUGGACGUGUGAUUGCAUCUUUACAGUGGAAAGACGCAUCCUUCACAUUCUCUUCUUUACCCUGUCUUUGAUUUUGAUUGACGGAACGAAGCAUGUGUGAUAAACCUCCUCUGGGAGCUGCCCCAGUUUUGCUUCCUCGCAUUCAGAAUCACUUUUGCACAUUUGUUACACCAGUCCUUUUCCCCGUCUUUGGACUCUCUGAUCUACCUGUACUGUUUUCAAUGCAUCUCAGGCCAUCAAACACACUGGGAUUUUAAGACUCACCUGUUUUUCUUGCUGCCAAUUACAGGCACUGGUUAAAGAUUCUUACCAAGAUGCCGUUCAAAGAAACAAUAAAUUAUCCAUGGGUGAUUCCACCUUUGAAGAAAGAAGAGCUGAGAUGUAGUAGACGGGCUUCGUUUAAUUUCAUGAGAUAUAAAGUUAAUUAUGUCUGUGUGGGGAAGGGGGCAGUCACUGGUAAAUUCAUUAAUAUUUGAAUAAUGUUAAAUAUUUAUUAUAAUUUAUCAUAAAUAUUGCAGUUUAUGUCAAAUCUAAAGUUUGAAUUUAUUUACAUAUUAGGUUGCACAAAAGAAACGCUGUCAAUUUAAAUAAUAUAAUAGCUAAACAUGAAUCAUUUAUAUAUUGAAAAUGUAAAAAAUUGUAAGCGCCUAUUAAGAGAAAAAUGUGCAAUGUAUGUGAUCAUUUCUCUUUCAAUUUCAUUGUUAAUAGAGCUAAGUAGUACUUAAUAUUAAUAGUAACUUAUACAAACGUAAAGUUAUUUUAUAUCAUAAGAAAAUAUCUUCAUAUUUGAUCUUUAAAGGAAAAGUUCACUUAAUAAAUUUGAUGUUCAUCAGAAUCGGGCUGCUUCCAUACAAUGAACAUGGGUGGAGAUCAAGACCACUAUUAAAGCAUCAUUAAACACAAAAUUUUUGAUGAACUAUGCCUUUAAAAAAUAUACUCAAAGUGUUACUCUCAUAAAGCUGUAAUAUGUUUGUGAAAGUGCUUGUUAUUUUCAUAUGCUCAGGGACUUUAUCGAAAACACAUUGGGCAUAAAAUAUUUGUCUUUGCAGCAAUGUACAAUAAAUCAUUUUAUGGCUUUAAAAUGUCCAUUUCUGAAACAUAAAACAGAAUUAAAAAUCUAUAUAUGUGUUACGAUUUGGUAAUAUUGAGAAUAACAGAUAAAGUAAGAGUCGAAGAGAUUAUAAUUUUUUCAUUACUUUUUUAAGUCAGAAAAGAUGCCUUUGAGUUCUGGAUAUGCUGGCACGCUUUUACAUUAAAUUUACUGUAACUUAUGAAUGCUGCAAUAUGCUCUGAGGUAAGGGAAUAGAUAUAGACACCAGCUUGUAGCUUUGAAUGCACAGCGAAUAGUUGAUAGCGAAAUAAUUUAAAGGUGCAGUGUGUACAUUUUAGUGGCAUCUAGUGGUGAGGGUGUGAAUUGCAAGCAACGGCUAAGUCCACUGCUCACCCCUCGCUUUUGAAAUGCAUAGAAAAGCUACGGUUGCCACCACUGGAAAAACAUGUCAUUGACGGAGAUAACUUAGUAAAAAAAGUUUGUCCAUUAAGGGCUUAUGUAGAAACAUGGUGGCACAAAAUGGCGACUUCCACCUAAGGGGCCCCACUGGGUGUGUAGAUAAAAACAUGUCAUUCUAAGGUAAUAAAAACGUAACAGUUCAUUAUGCAAGGUCUUUAUACACCCCUGAUAAUAUAGUUUUGUACUGUAAAUUAUUUUGCAUUUCUGUCAAGAGAUCCUUCUAAAAAUUGCACACUGCACCUUUAAGCCUUGAAUCAUUUUUAGUUCUUAAAAGAAAUAUUUUACCAAAGUUUCAAGGAGAUCUGUCCAAUAUCAUUUAAAAAAGGGAAAAGAGACUGAAUUUCUAUUAAAAGCUAAUGUGCAGUUGUGAUGGUUUAUUUCCCGACUGUGGAGACUAGUUAUCACACUUUUUACUCGCAUGGUCACAUGGCUUAAAACAUCAACAUAUGAUAACUCCUAUAAUUAACUGUAGCUAAUAAUGUUUACUUGUUCAUCUGCUACUAUCAUAUAUAUAUAUAUAUAUAUAUAUAUAUAUAUAUAUAUAUAUAUAUAUAUAUAUAUAUAUAUAUAUAUAUAUAUAUAUAGCUCAAGUUAAAAAGAGGAAUUGGUCUUUGAACUCUCUUUCCUGAAGCUGAGGGCAUGCAGAUGAGAUGGCACUAGAGACCAUUAAUGAGCCAACCUGACUAUAAGAUCCAAACUCACUGUACUGUAUAAUGGAGUGGAGUGACAUUUUGCC